AUGGUCGUCUUUCUCGCCGCCUUCAACGACAUCAUAGGCCGCUCUCUUGCCGCUGUCAACGUUCUAGCAAUUUUGGAGUCAACAAACAUCGCUAGAGACGGUGGCAAGCGGCCGGAGGGGAUGUCUUUGAUCCAUUGGUGGAUUGGACGGGAUUUGAAAUCUCUCGAGGGUUGCAAGUGUGAUUACUAUUUACCCCUAACCUUUACGAUUUGGGGCAUCGCCCUUGAGUCUUAUCAAAGGGACGCAGCCAUGACUUUAUUUAAAUUAAGAUGGGACUCAAAACGUCUACGUUUUUAUCGACAUCCUUAUUGUAAUGGAGAAGAGUUAUUUAAAUAA